AUGUCCGUUGCUUCUGAGCCUUCGCUGGUCGCAGUUCCGGGCACCGCGGCCGCGGCAUCCACGGCUCCCGCCCCUCCACCUGUGCCUGUGUUUACCGUUUGGGACUCCACGGGCGGUGAGACGGCCGAAGUCCUACUCCACUGGCAUCGCAGCCUACCUGAGCUGCCCGAUGAUGAGGAUCCCCUGUGCACCUUGCAGCUCUGCGUGGGCGAGCUGGAAUUUCUGGAGGCCCGACUCCAGAAGCAUCACCUGCAGCCCCCACUGGCAGCAUGGACGUCCUCCCAACUGGAGCGGCUCAUGGCCGUGAUGGCAGAUCAGCGGCGCGGCGCUCCGCCCAACCAGGACGAGGUGCGCCUUCGGCGGGCCCCGGGUCGCCUCGUCAUCGACGUCCACUUCAGGAGCGAGGUCAGCAUGGCCUUCUGCGACCCCCAAAGCUCCAUUCCAUUGAGUGGAUGUGUGGUCGAGAUCCUGAAUGCCUACUCGUCCGGCAGGUCUGCCCGCAGUGAGAUCCUGGAUGUGCUCCGGGCCGUCACCGCGGCGCAGGCUCUACACACAAAGGCUAUCGCCGAGAGCCGGACUUGCAUCGAGGGGCUGCAAAGCGAGAUGGCCCGCCUUGAAGGCGACUGGGCACAUGCUUGCGCCGGUGCGAAGAAGCGGCAUCGCGGCCUUCUUCAGCGCUUUGCCCUUGUCUUGCAGGCCAAGAUCGACAAGGAGCGGGCGCUGCACGAAGAACUGCAGGUGCGGCGAUGGAACCAGCUCGGUGAGGCCAGUGCCCAGCACUUACGGCCCCAGCAAAAGCGCUUGCACCACCUCCCGAGGAGCCACACGAGAUGCGAGGGCGAGGGCGCAGGGGCCGGGGAGGUGGACGAAGCACCUGCGGCAGCAGGCAGCCCAGCGGGUACCUUGGCGCCCGUGGGUACGGUGCCCGGGCCUGUGGGUACUGUCACGCAGGGCCUCAUGAUGCCGCCUCCCACUGUGGCAUCUGGCAUGCCUCCGACGAUCAGCUUGUUCGACCCCCCGUCAGACGAGGUUUGCGGAGACGAAAAGCUUGGCGAGCUGAAGCAGCACAAGCAAACUCUGGAAGCGAUGCAGUGCGAGGCCAUAAAGAUGUACACCCAGAGCUCCUCUGCAGACGAGGUCUGUGAAGUCUCUGUUUCUAGGCGUCCAGCGGGACAUUCUGGGAUGCCAGAGCCGGAGCCGGCUCAAGAGCACUUCGAAACUCUUGGAAGUCUUCCUGUCUGCAGGCUGGACGUCGAGGCCUUGGAGCGCACCUCCACGCGCAGUGCGCGCGCGCGCAGCGGCCCUGCAGAAUUGGGCCAUGCGGAUCCACUGCCGUGCGAUGACGCCUCCGACUCCCUGCCAUCGGGCACAGAGAGUCGUCCCGACCGUGGCUGGAGCAGGCAGACUCAGUCACGGUGCUCCUUCGUGAUCCCACGCAUGAUGCGCCCAAGGGCACGCAGUCGAUCCAAGGCGUUCUCGGUGUCCCCUCCAUCUCACAUCCGACACUUUCGAGAUUGGGGCUUCCCGCCUUUUCCACAGCAAGAUUCAGGUUCCGAUUCCAACUAG